CACAUCCCAGACAAAGACGAGAAGAUCCCAAUCGAAUUGGCCUACAGCACAAUUUAAGAGAAAAUGACACGCUAUCUGUACUAUGAAACUCCACUAGAGUUUCUAAAUGAAGGCGACCGUGGCUUCUACAUCCUCCAACAGUGUAUAGCUAGGAAAAUGUUUGGCAUAAGCGUGGAGGCAUACGCCAUCAAAGAAGAUAAGCAUCAAGAGAGGAAUGGAAGAACAAUCCAAAUGAUUGAAGAGAAUAAGCAAGAGUGGAUUUCUCAAAGGAAGAAUCAAGAGAGGAAUGGAAGAACAAUCCAAGAGAUUCAAAGGAAGAAUCAAGAGAGGAAUGGGAAAACAAUCCAAGAGAGGAUUCGAAGAAAGAUCCAAGACAUUCGAAGAAAGAAUCGAGAGAUGUUUCCAGGCACUGCAGUGUCUCCGCUAAAACGAGCGAUGUUUCUCAUUAUUGCGAUACCAUAUCAUGCACUGCAUCUGUCAGUUUCUCUAGUUUGGGUGGCCGUCUUCUCGGUAUGUGGAAUCACGACUUUAAUCCUACUGUGCCUUGGUAUACUGAUCCUUGAGGCGCUAAGCAUGCUGGUUUCAACGCACUCAAAGAACUAUGAAACACAUUUAUAUCAGCUAAAGUUGAUGGAUGAGUAUGCCAGGGAGGUUAUACAUUUAAUUUGUGAUCGGUCAUUAUCAGAAUUAGAUCAAAGUAAAGCAGUGGAAGCAACCUUCCAGGCUAUCAAGAAUGGCAUCCCAGGCAUUGUGAAAAAAAUUAUAGAAGCUAAUGCUAAUAAUGUAUUAUGGUGCAACAAAGAUCCUGAAGAUCCAUUAAGAAACAUAUUUGCUUGUGCUAUAGCACAUCGUCAAGAGGAAGUGGCACACUUUCUUUAUGAAUCCCAAAAGGAGAAAAACAUGCUUUUUGACAUCGAUGAAGAUGGAAAUAAUACAUUACAUCUCGCAGCAAAAUUAGCUCCUAACUAUAAAUCAGGUUACAUCUAUGCGGCAGCUUUACAAUUGCAAAGUGAACUACGUUGGUUCAAAGCAGUAAAAGAAAUUGUUCCAGGAGCCUACAAAAAAGGCAAAAAUACAGACAAUGAAACCCCCUUGGAAGUGUUUGUUAGAGAACACAAGGAAUUGCUAAAAGAAGCGGAAGAAUGGGUAAAGAAAACAGCAGAAUCUUCAACAGUCGUUGGUGCUCUUAUUAUUACAAUUAUGUUUGCAGUGGCUCUUACUGUUCCUGGUGGGAAUGAUGAAGGUGAAGGUUUUCCCGUACUUUUGCACAAAACUCCGACACCGUUUAUGAUAUUUAUGGUAUCAGAUGCAAUUUCUCUUUUUACUGCAUCCAGUUCAGUGAUAAUGUUUUUGGGGAUUCUGACUUCACAUCAUUCUGAUGAAGAUUACCGCAAAACCUUCCUCUUGAUUAUCGGCCUUACUUCACUCUUCGUCUCUAUUGCAACAAUGACCACAGCAUUUUGUGCUGCUCUUUUCAUGAUGCUACAAGGUCAAGGUGGAUUGGGGUUAGUCAUUCCUAUAACUCUGUUUGCUGGUAUUCCUAUCGUAUGCUACGUGUUGUUGCAAUUUCCUCUUCUGGUUGAGAUCUUGGGUUUGACUUAGGUCAAACAUCUUUGGUAAGAAAGGGAUAUCCUCGAUGAGCAGGACAGCAGAUAUGGUCGCUAGGGGGAUGAGGAACUUGAGGGGUUGAGGACAGCGGUAAAAAAUCUUGCAAAUUCUAGUGAUGCCAGUGACUUAGUCUUUUUUUUUUUUUUUUAACUUAGGGAAUUUUUGGGAUGAGAGGUAGUGUUUGGGUAUUGAAUUCAAAACUCUACAUCCAAACUCUUUUUGAAGUCAUUAUUAGGUCACCUAGCUUUGGACUCAAUGAAUUAGUGAAUUAGUCACUUAAAUGAAUGUUGCUUUGAAUAAAUGCUGCCUUUUUUU